CACAUCCCUGCAGGAAUCUAGAUGCAAGCCAAGUACAGCAGCACAAGGGACAUGCUAGAUGAUGAUGGGGACACCACCAUGAGCCUGCACUCUCGAGCCUCUACAACAACCCGGCAUCCAGGACCUGAGCGCACAGAGCACCAGGCUCCUUCUUCAGCUUGGCGACCAGUGGCCCUGACCCUGCUGACUUUGUGCUUGGUGCUGUUGAUUGGCCUGACAGCCCUGGGGCUUGUGUUUUUUCAGUUCUACGAGCUCUCCAUUACCCAGCAAGACAACAUCUCUCAAAAGGAAGAAAGAUUGGGGAACCUCUCCCAACAGCUACAAUGUCUACAAGCCCAGAAUAGGAAACUUGCAGAAACUCUGCAGCGUGUAGCUGAAAAACUUUGUCGUGAGCUCUAUAAUAAAACUGGAGAACACAGGUGCAGCCCUUGUCCAGAAAAAUGGAAAUGGCAUGGGGACAAAUGUUACCAAUUCUUUAAAGAAAGUAAGAGUUGGCAGGGAUGUGAAUAUUUCUGCAUUGCUGAGAACUCUACCAUGCUGAAGAUAAGCACACAAGAAGUGCUGGAGUUUGCCAUGCCUCAGAGCUACUCUGAGUUUUUCUACUCUUAUUGGACAGGGCUUUCCCGCAAUGGCAGUGGCAAGGCCUGGCUGUGGAUGGAUGGAGCCCAUUACUCCUCUGAACUGUUUGACAUUGUAAUAGAUUUCACCAGUCUCAGGAGCAGGGACUGUGUGACCAUCCUCAAUGGGAAGGCUUUCUCAAAGGACUGCAGAGAGCUGAGGCGGUGUGCGUGCGAGAGGACUGCAGGGGCAAUGAGGCCCGAAUGGUUCCAUUAG